UUCGUUAUAGGAGCACGCCAUUGCUGUAUCUCUGACUUCAGUUCGGAAUUAGUUGCAACAAAAUGUCUGAUUUAGACAUGGCUGCCAUAACAAGAACCUGUUUCCUGAUACUCUUUGUUUCAUUUUGCUUUGGAUUUCCCAAGGGAGAAGGACUCACAACUAUCCCGACAAUGACUGAAACCGUCACCAUUGAAUACACUACACUGCCUGCUAGUGAGUCUACAAUCAACCAAACCGAAUACACUGCGCUGCCUACAACUGAGUCUCCAAUCAACCAAACCGGAAACACAACGAUGCCUACUAUGCCCCCUAUUGAUCAAACAGAUGAGAAACCUUAUAUAUUUCUAUCCUGGAAGUACAAAGGAAGCAGAGACGAGGGCUUCGUCUAA